AUGGCUUGUCGUCUUGCUAUGCGUGGCAGCCGUCAGCUGCUUCGAGCUCCCAGAGCUACUGUUAAUAUCAAGACUGCUGCAAGGGGAGGUCUAUACGGCCUUGGAUCCCGGCCACUCUCGAAGCAGUGUCUUACUAUCGGUUUCGUUCGUCAUUAUGCAAAUGGCAGGCCUCAUCCUCCCGGUGGAACACAUCGAAUGAAUCUCGGUGGUGAACCGGAGAAGCCAGCGUUGGAACAGUUUGGAGUCGACCUCACCGCGAGAGCGAGAGAUGGAAAACUCGAUCCGGUUAUCGGGAGAGACUCUGAAAUUCACCGCACUAUCCAGAUUUUGUCGAGGAGGACGAAGAACAAUCCCGUCUUGAUUGGAGCGGCCGGAACGGGGAAGACGGCAAUUCUCGAAGGGCUGGCCCAGCGGAUUGUCAGAGGCGAUGUCCCCGAGAGUGUCAAGAACAAACGCGUUAUCUCUCUAGAUCUUGGACAGCUGAUUGCAGGUGCCAAAUUCAGAGGUGAUUUCGAAGAACGGUUGAAGCGUGUCCUCAAAGAAGUGGAGGAUGCACAGGGAGGUGUCAUUCUCUUCGUGGAUGAAUUGCACACUUUACUGGGCCUGGGCAAGGCAGAAGGCAGCAUAGAUGCAAGCAAUCUUAUCAAACCUGCUCUGUCGAGAGGUGAUCUUCAAUGCUGCGGUGCCACCACUCUCAAUGAAUACAGACAGAUUGAAAAGGACGUUGCCUUGGCACGAAGAUUUCAGCCGAUAUUAGUGGAGGAGCCAACAGUACCAGACACAAUCUCGAUUCUCAGAGGCAUCAAGGAUAAAUACGAAGUUCACCAUGGAGUUCGUAUCACGGACGGCGCUCUUGUUGCCGCUGCCACAUACAGCAACAGAUACAUUACCGAACGUUUCCUUCCUGACAAGGCAAUCGAUCUUGUGGACGAGGCUGCUUCAGCCUUGCGGCUUCAGCAAGAAUCUAAACCAGACGCGAUCCAGGAGCUCGAUAGGCAAAUCAUGACCAUCCAAAUCGAGUUAGAGUCCCUCCGGAAGGAAAAGGAUAUUGCUAGCGUGGAACGACGGGAGAAGCUCGAAGAACUGCUCAAAACGAAACAAGAAGAAGUCGGGAAGCUCACCGAGGCAUGGGACAAGGAGAAGGCGGAACUCGAAGCUAUCAAACAAGCUAAAGAAGAUUUGGAACGUGCCAGGGGUGAGCUAGAACAAGCCCAACUCGAAGGGAACUUUGCAAAAGCCGGUGAACUGAGAUACUCCACGAUUCCAAAUCUGGAAAAGAAGCUUCCACAAGAAAACGACUCUGGUACUACAGGCACCCAGGGACAAAGCUUGCUUCAUGACUCCGUUACCGCUGAUGAUAUUGCCGGUGUGGUAUCUCGCACGACAGGAAUCCCGGUCAACAAGCUUAUGUCUGGAGAGGUCGAAAAAUUAAUUCACAUGGAAGAUACUCUUCGCAAGUCAGUUCGUGGCCAGGAUGAAGCUCUUUCAGCGGUAGCAAACGCUGUGAGGAUGCAGAGAGCCGGUCUCAGCGGUGAAAACCGGCCUUUGGCGUCCUUUAUGUUCCUCGGUCCUACCGGUGUUGGCAAAACAGAACUAUGCAAAAAGAUGGCAGGUUUCCUCUUUUCAACCGAAUCCGCUGUUGUUCGGUUCGAUAUGAGUGAGUUCCAGGAGAAGCAUACUGUUAGCCGCCUUAUCGGAUCUCCAGCCGGCUAUGUUGGUUACGAUGAUGCCGGCCAACUCACUGAGGCUGUCCGUAGAAAACCCUACGCCGUUCUUCUUUUUGAUGAGUUUGAAAAGGCCCAUCGUGAUAUAUCUGCGCUUUUGCUCCAAGUGUUGGAUGAAGGCUUCCUCACCGACGCUCAGGGUCACAAGAUUGACUUCCGCAAUACCCUUAUCGUUCUUACGUCUAAUCUUGGUGCUGACGUGCUAGUUUCAGCAGACGCUUCUCAAGGUGAGGAUAUCUCUCCCGAAAUGAAAUCAGCUGUGAUGGGAAUUGCCCAGUCAUCAUACCCGCCUGAGUUCCUGAACAGAAUAGAUGAAUUCAUCUUAUUCAAGAGACUGUCUCGAACCGCUUUGCGGGAUAUCGUUGACAUCCGCAUCAAGGAGCUCCAGGCGAGGUUAGAUGAUCGACGAAUAACCCUUAGUGUCAGCGACGAGAUUAAAGACUGGCUCUGUGAAAAGGGCUAUGACCCCAAGUACGGUGCCAGACCUUUGAACAGACUCAUCUCUAAAGAGAUUGGCAAUCAUCUUGCCGAUAAGAUCAUUCGAGGAGAAGUUGUCUCUGGCCAAACAGCUACUGCUGUCUUUAAUGAGGACAAGACUGGAUUGGACAUCUCAACUGAAAAGUCGACAUGA